AUAUGGAGUUGUAACUUUUGGGGGUUUUAACAAAUUUUGACUCUUUAUUACGUUUUGGAUCUAUUUUGUUGAUUAUUUUGUUGGAUUGUUCUUUUUUGUUCAUAUUGUGGCAAGUCUAACAAGUUUCUGUUUGUUUCCAACUUUUCUGCAAUAAGUUCAGUUUUAAGUAUUGAAUUCUUGUGUAGUUUUUUUAACAAAAUGUUGAAAGUUGUUAUUUAUUUACUACUUUUGUUCUGGAAAUCAAGAUCACAAAAAAAAUUCAUUUUACUGGCCAAUCCUUUCCGAUCAGCUUGAUUUUAAGCAGAAACGAAAAAUCGUGAGCUUUUCAAUGAUUUCUUCUGAAAAUUUUGAUGUUUGACUUGUCAUUGUUAAUAGAUGUUGAAAAACUACAUUUGAAAUUAAAUCUGGCAAUGAAUUGAAUAUCUGCUUUUGAUGUGAUUGAAUAUCUGCUAGCAGAAUGCUAUAUUAAUAAUUCUGGAUACAUGAGUCUUGAACAUAGCUUUGCUAUUUGGUGUGCUGAUAAUGAAAUUCAAGAAAGGGGAAAAGGUGGAGGUUUUGAACGAGAAAGAGAUUCCAGUUUCAUGGCAUGUUGCUGAGAUUCUAUCUGGCUUUGGAUAUGCGUAUCUUGUGAAGUAUGAUUCUUAUCCGGGUAUGUCAAGUGAACACAAAGUGGAGACAGUUUCAAAGACGUGUGUGAGACCAUGCCAGCCUUUGGUGCAAGGGGUAGAGGAUCACGUAGCUGGAGACGUUGUGGAGAUAUUUCACGAAUAUGCCUGGAAGGCUGCUGCUAUCUUGAAUGUAGUGCAAGGCAAAAGAGAAACUAAAAGUAGGAAGAUUUCCAUCCGAGCAACUGCAGUCCAGAAACGGUAUAAAGUAAGGCUGCUUGGAUGCUCCAUCGAAUCUACUGUUGAUGGAUCAAACAUUAGGAUGAAGCAGACAUGGCAAGAUGGCAAGUGGAUUAUGUGUGAAAAGAGUUCUCAAGGAGUUGGGGAUAUUACAGCUAGCAAGCCAUCAACUUCGAUUUGUCAUAAGAAUGUGAACUUCAAGAUCACUCUACCUAAAGCAAGGGCUUCUCAGAAGAAUUGCAUCAGUGUUUUGGAUGAAACUCGAUUUAUGGAAUCCCAUCAUGAUUCAAGGUUGCUAAAGAGGUUGUCCCCUUGUGGAUCUUCUACCAAUGAAUUGCACUACGGGCCUUCCCAUAAGUUACAAGCAAUUGAGAAAGACGGGAGGAAACAAAGACUGGCUGCUGCAGCUGCUGCUCCAAAUCGAAAGUCAGGUUCUGUUUCUUACCCAAGAAAGAUUUUGGGUGAAAAAAACAUCCAUGCUUCCCUCAAAAUUAUACCAAGUGCAUCCAAUCAAAAGGCGAGGGUGAACAUAAAUGACGUUCCUGGAAUCCGACAAAUGCAAUUGAAUAGUUCAAACAGUGACGAUGCCUGCUCUGUUGGUAGUUGUAGUGGUGAUACUGAUCGAAGUCCAAACGACAUUGAUAUUCCUUAUAUACACCAUAUAUAUCGAGAAACAGACGCUGUUGAUAGUGAUGCUGACUCUGGUCAUGCUUCAGAAUUUGAGAGGAAAAGUAAUUCUCUUCCUCCCCGAGAGGAAGUAGGAACCAGUAUACGUAGAUUAGAGUUGCAAGCUUAUCGGAGAACUCUGGAAGCUUUGUAUGCAUCUGGUCCCUUAAGUUGGGAACAGGAAACAAUGUUGACAAAUCUCCGGAUCAUGCUCCAUAUUUCAAAUGACGAACAUUUGAAGGAGCUGAAGCACCUAAUAUCUGCUAACACUACUGGCCAAGUUGGAGGCAUCAUGCUUGAUUUGCUUCCAUGGCUUAAAGCUGAUACGAUGGUUUGCAAGACGAUGCAAUCGUCGUCUACUUUCAAACUGUUGUUCCUCCGGCCCUGGUGCCCAAUCUCAGCAGUUAGUCUACAUUAUUAUUUUGUCAUACUAAUUCAUAACUGUACUUACUCUGCUGUGGUCCUGUGGAUUACUUUUUUGGCAGAAUCCGAGGUACGAGGUUCACUUUCAUGUUCCAUGUUGAAUUUGGUAGCUUAUUGUCUUGUCUUUGUUUCAUAUACUUUUCCUUUUCCUAGCAUCAGAUAUGCAUUUGGAUACCUGAAAUGUAUAUCAGGCAAGUUUUGAACUUGUUUUAUAUUUUGAACCUGAUUAAUUUUACAUUUGGGUGUAAGUUAUAACGGAAAGUACUCAAUUCCAGAACUGGAGAUUAUCUGUUUUUCCAGAAAA